UUUGUGUAUCAGUUGCUAUUUAACUUCCAAACUUCAUUUUACAUUCUCCAAAAAAAUCAUCAAAAAAUGUUCAAAUUCUUAACAGCAUUGACUGCAGUAAUUUGCAUUUCACUUGCCUUCCCACAAGCUCCAGAUGCUUCAGCAAGUUCUUCAAAAGAUGCUGAAGCUGUUGUUAUCUCAAAUACAGGUUCUGAUGAUUCAGCUGGAAAUUUCGCCUCAAAUUUUGAAACCAGCAAUAACAUUAAAUCGGAAGCUAAAGGAUCUUUGAGGGAACUUACAUCAGAAAAUGGAACCAAAACAUUUGGAGAAGUACAAGAAGGAAGCUAUUCUUAUGUUGGAGAUGAUGGAAAGACUUAUGCAGUCAAAUGGAUUGCUGAUGAAAAUGGUAAGUUUAAUUAAUCAAGUUUCUUAUGGCACAGUCCAGCAGUACCACAGGUCUAAAAGAAGCUAUGUGCCAAAAUUGAUAUUACAUUGAUAUUUUGAUUUUUUAUAAUUUUUGAUUUUUUAAAAUAUUAAAUAAAGCUG